AUGUGUUCCGAAGCCUUCCAGCCGACAUUGGUGGGUCGUACCGGUAGAGGAAUAUCCAAUGAGUUAGGACCGCCAGCACCAUCUGCUGCAAAACUCAAUACGGGAGCCACGUCGCCGUCAUCGACUGCUUUAGCAUACACUGUAUCGCCUGAACCAAUCCACACUGUUUUCAACGUUGCUACGUUUGGCCCUCAGCCCUUUUGGUUACUGAUCAUUCUGUUGCCGAAAUCUGAUGUUACCAAGAAGAUCAUGGGCGGAUUUGAAAUUGUACUGCUAUUCUGUUUGGUCCAUUUCUUUAUCGUCUCUGGUUCCAUAGUCAUGGGUGGAUCCGAGGCAACUGCCCCGUUGGCCGAAUUCAACGACGUCUUUGAUCCCGCAGGAGAUCCACAAAAUGCUUUCAUCAAAAUGGUGUCAAAUUACCCAAAUUUUGUGGCGGAGGAAUGGAGUCACGUCUUGACAUGGGAUCUGCUGGUGGGGAGAUUUAUCUGGUUGGAUGGAUUGAAACGCAACAUUUUCACUUCACAUUCUGUUCUACUGACUAAUCUGAUUGGUCCUCCUGGACUGUUGCUUCAUUGGCUGACGUGCCUCGUUGUUGGAAAAGCUCCAUGGGAAAGAGAAGAAGAUGUCGAGAAUGUCAGCUAG